AUGGACUCACUUCUUGCCCCCCUCAGUGGCUCCACCCAAAUGGUGGACGAGGCCAGCCGCCUCAAGCUCCAAGACUCUCUCCGCUCCGCAGCCGAUGCCAUGGAGACUCCCCAUGACACCAUGUUGAGGUUGUUCAACACAUCCCUCGAAAUCUCCGUCGUCCGCGCCGGCUGCGACCUGAAUCUCUUCACCACCCUCUCCGAGAGCCAAGCCCCCAUCAGCGUCGAGAAGUUCUCAACAGAGAAAGGCGCCGAGCCCCUCCUCAUCGGCCGACUCCUCCGCUACCUCGCCUCGCGCCGUCUGAUCGCCGAAACAGGCAAGGACGAGUUCACCGCCAACAAUGCGACCAAGGCCCUCGCCGACCCGCGUAUCAAUGGCGCCAUGUACUACACCCACAACAUCGGCGGCCCAGUCUACCAAGCAAUGCCCGACCACCUCAAAGCGCAACAAUACCACUCGAACCCGCAAAAGUUCGCAUGGCACGCCGGCCUGCAAACCGACCAAGAUUUCUUCCCCUGGGCAAAAGAGCACCCCAAAGAAAUCACCUGGUUCCAACAACUAAUGAGCGUACCCCGCGAAGGCGACUGGCUAGACGUCGCGCCCUUCGACAACGUGACCGCGGGGCCCGAUCAAGCUUUCUUCGUCGACGUAGGCGGCAGCAUCGGACACCAGUGCGCGCGGCUGCGGACGAAACGCCCGGAGUUGGCCGGCAAGAUCAUCCUCGAGGAUUUGGAGGAGACGAUUGCGAGUGCGAAGGCGAUUGAUGGGGUGGAGUUCAAGAGCCACAAUUUCUUCGAACCCCAGCCUGUGAAAGGCGCCAAAUUCUACUACCUCCGCACCGUCCUGCACGACUGGGACGACGUCAAGUCGGAAGAAAUCCUCAAACAAAUCAUCCCGGCAAUGGGUCCGGACAGCAAGAUCCUGAUUGACGAGAUGGCGUUGCCGAACCAAGGCGUGCAUUGGUGGAGCGCGUGCCUGGAUCUGCACAUGUACGCGAUGCUGGGCGCGCUGGAGCGGACGGUGGAGCAGUGGCACGAGUUGCUUGAGGGACGGUGUGGGCUGAAGAUCGAGGCCGUGAAGACGUAUAUGCCUACGAUGCGGAAUAGUGUUAUUGUGUGUGGGUUGAAGCAGUAG